AUGUCGCUCGACAGCAAAGAAACGACGUUAAAUUUCAUAGAAGAUUAUAAAUUAAGUGAAGUGCUAUGGAAAUGUGACCAGAAAGGAUAUUCUAAUAAACAAUUAAGAAGUGAUGCACUUCAUAAAUUAAGUGAAAAAUAUGGUGCCGACGUUAAAGCAAUAAAAUGUAAAAUAAAAAAUUUAAGGUCAUAUUUUUGUAAAGAAUUUCAAAAAACUCAAACAAAAAAAAGCGGCAGUGGUACAAACGAAGUGUACGAAUCAAAUUGGUUCGCGUAUAAACAUUUACUCUUUUUGAAAGAUGUAAAUGUACCAUUGCCAACAAAAGACAGCAUAGUGGAGAAGAAUGCCCAACAGGGGAGCAAUACACAUGACAUUGAAGAAACAAUCGCUGAUGAAGGAUUAGAAGAAAUGGAUACUUCAAAUUCUUUUCGGAAACCAGCGGCAGAUGGAAAAAUCACAAAAAAAAGAAGGCGGAACGUCACAACUAAUGUGAGUGAUGAGAGAGAAGAAGAAGCUUAUAAUUUUAUGAAGGCUAUUAGUGAAAUGAAAACUAUGGAUGAAUAUUCAGCUUUUGGGGAUUACAUAGCGCAUAAAAUUCGAAAACUUAAAAGCGCUACAUUGCGCAGUAUCGCCCAAAACCGCAUCAAUAAUAUCAUUUUUGAAUUGGAAAUAAGUCAUGAAAAUGACCAAGGUUUAAUCUUAAUUUCUUCGCCAUCUACCGCAAGUUCAUCGGAGCAAUAUUCAACGACUCCUACUCCUGAACCAGAACCUCAUCCAUCAUCACCGAUCGCUACAAUGCAACACGUCAACAACAAUUCUGUAAUAACAGAACUUUUGAACAUAUAA